ACUAUUAAAAAAGAAUUAUUCGAUAAUAAAAUUAUGAAUUAGAAUUUAUUAGGAAAUCUUUUAUUUUAAAAAUUCUAUCUUUUUUUUUCUUUGAUUUUUAUUCUUGGGCUGGGCUGCGUCAAAUCCAAAGAAAAGAUAUGGCUUGAGUGGCGAAAGAAAAUCCCUUUAAACCUCAACCUCCUCAUUGAAGCACAAAGAGAAUGAAAGCAACCGAAUUGGCAAUAAAAUUCCUGUCAGGAACUUUGUUGGAAGACAAUUUCUACAACUAGGCUGUCCUUUAACUGGUUUUUGAGAUCUUGAAGUUGGAAGCUCCAAAUCUUAACUACUAGGAUGUCCUCAACAAAAGUCCUGGUCGGUUAGUACUUGCGUAUUAACAGCUCUCAUGCACAAAUGAGGUCCUUACCAGCAAAUGGUUCAUGAUAAUUGCAUGCAGUGCAGUCAGCUAAAAAUGGCUAUAUAAUCUCUUCAUCAUCUCCACUGUAUACAUACAGCCCCAUCUUCAGAGGCACCCAUUAUACUGCUUGAGAAGUGGCCUUGCUCGAUCAAAGCAGAAUCAAUGGUUCGAAUUGUUGGGUUUCUGAUACUCGUAGUUUCAGGACAAGCUAUGGCUCAGUUGAACUUCGAUUCGUGUAAGAUCAUAUCCGAUAAAUUGUCUCACUGUUUGGAUUUUCUCGCAGGUUCAUACUGUAAGCCUUCGAACCAAUGUUGUCAGUCCAUAUAUGAUCUCAAUGCAAUAGCUAGGGUUGUAAUGGGGCCACGAUUUAUCUGCCACUGCAUCGAAAAUGUGGCAAGGGUGCUUCCAACGAGGAUAAUACCUGACCGCAUUGGCGAUCUUACUGUCAAGUGCAACACGCAUAAUUCUUUUGCCAUUUCAGAGUACAUGGACUGCAACAGGGAGCCAAUCCAGAUCGACCCGCCUCACGACUGAGAUGCUCUUAUGAAGUCAACAUUAUGUGUUUAAUGUUCAUCCUACACCAUAUUGCAGUCUAGCUCAGUAUUGAAUACUGUUAUCUUCCAACAGAUUUACAUGUCAUCAUAAGAUUGAAAGAAAUUCAUGUAUGUUUUUCUAUCUUCAAGAUGGAUCGGGGAAUAAUGACAUCGAUAGGAGCCGCAUCACUGUUACUAGUUUCUGCAGUUCAACUGUAUUAUCAUACUCGUUGAGAAAUGGAAAGUUAAAGUCCUGCAA